AUGAAAGCAGAGACGAAGCUGAAUGCGAUAAGGUCAGGUAUAGUGGUGAUAGGUGCUUUGGCUUUUGGGUAUUUGACUGUUCAGAUUGGAUUCAAGCCCUUUCUCCUUACAGCCCAACAACAGCAAGAACAACAACAGACUCUCCAAAGAGAAGAAACCUCAAUGGAGGGAGAAGAAAAUAGCAAAGAUAGUGAUGAAAAAAAUUGGUGUGAGGCUUGGGAUCAAAGGCGACGAAUGGCUGUUGCUCAAGUCAUUUGCUAUGUAGCAUAUGCUAUCCGUGUAUACCAUGUACAUUACAAUAGAGAAUGUGGUGAGUCUGCAACAUCUGUGGAAAACAGAAAGCGGAAGGCGUGUGAAUGGGAGAGACAGUUCGAGGGCAUUAAGGAAGCAAUUAAUGAUGUUGCAGAUGUAAUCAGGGAGGGAAAUGCUGUUAUUGGAAAAACUCCUGAAUGUGUUUACUCGGUGGAACAAGUGUUUGAAGAACUAAUGAGGGUAGGAACUGAGCAGCCCUUGCGGUACACAGCCUACAAUUUCCUUGUCGAAGAUGGUGCAAGUGGGAGAGCAUUUUUUGGUUUCCCAACUGACGAGCGCAAGGAUUUUUUGCUUCAGAAGAUGUAUGGCCCUGAGGAUCCUUGA